AUGUCAAGAAAUCACGAGGUUUUGGGUAAAGACAUUUCGGUGGGCAUCCACGAUAUUCGUACUUGUAUGCGAGAGUGCAUCGAAUCAUUGAUUUUAUUCUGCAGGUCUUUUGAAUUCGAUACAACAACCAAUGAAUGCUUCAUUUCUGAGGAGGAUUCUGCUCUGGCCACUCCGUCAGCAAAUCGAGAUCUGUAUGAACCAGUGUGCUUGGAUCGGUCAUUGGAGUUGAAGUGUAGUUCGCCGUAUCUCUUCGAGAAGUUUCUUUUUAAACGUUUCAUCACAACGCAGUUAAUAUUCGAAGAUCCUUAUUCCACUCUUGAAGAAUGCAUCGAGACGUGUCUUUAUAAGCCCAACUGUUACUCGCUCAAUUUCGAUACCAACAACACGUGCAGGUUAUUUUUCACAAUCAAUGACGGUGGAUCAGGUGAACUAGUUGACGAUGAAACGAGUCAUUAUUACGUGUUGAGCUGUAAGUUGAAUGGUUCAUCUGGAGUUAGUAAUGCGGAUAAUGUAGAAAAGACGCCAGCGAUUGACGGUGCAUUUAUCAAGGAGCAACUUCUCGUCCCAGAGAGGGCAAGGCCGCAAAAUUGUACCUGGCAGGAAUAUGAAAACGAACGAACCUUACACCGUAAGUUCCGCAAAGGUCAUAAUACUGGCUUCAAAACAGUGGAAUCUUGUCAGGUUGCAUGCGAGAAUGCUCUCUUCAAUUGUGUCACUUUUGCAUAUUCUAAGCCAUUAACCGCUUGUAUUCUAUCGGAAACGGAACUGAANAAAACAUCAGACAAUUAUCCUGCUGUAGUUCAAUACAAUCCACUCUUCGCUCUCUUCAAGCGAAAUUGUCGUCCAUCAGCAACCGCAAAAGCCGUCAGAUCAUACACGAAAAUGAUCAAAGAAUACAGUUAG